UCUUCCCCUUAAACUACCUCUCACUCGGAUCAAAACUUCUCUCUCUGACUCUCUCUCUCUCUCUAUCAUACAUAAGCUUUGAUUAAAUGCCUCAAGUCGUUUCUUCAGUAUGCGCCGGUGGCUCUGACCGGAAAAUCUCAUGCGAAACCCUAGCCGACGAUAACGAAGACUCAACUCAUGACCCGAAGAUCCGACCCGUUUCCAUCUCCUCCGUCGAUUUUCCACCGGAAUCUUAUUCCUUAUCAAAAGAAGCUCAGCUCGAAUGGCUAAACGACAACGCUUUCUUCGAACGCAAAGAAUCACAAAAAGGAAACUCAUCUGCUCCAAAUUCAAAUUCGAAUCCCAAUUCAAACCCUAAUUUGAGCUCUCAGCGAAUCUCACUCAAAUCAAAAGCGUCGAUCAUCAGAUUACCGAAACCGCAGAAGACGUGUUUCAACGAAGCGAAGAAACGGAGAAAUUGCAGAAUCGCGAGGACUCUGAUGAUUCCGAAACGGAUCGGGUCGAGAUUGAAAUCGGAUCCUUCGUUAUCGGAGCCGUGUUCUCCCAAGGUUUCUUGUAUCGGAAGAGUUAGAUCUAAACGUGAUCGUAGCCGACGAAUGCAGAGACAAAAAUCCGGUCGAACCGAUUCGUUUAAGGAUAAACCGGUUCGGGUUAAGAAACCUGGGUUUUUCGCUAGCUUCAGAGCGAUUUUCAGAACCGGAGGCGGUUGCAAAGACUUAUCGGCGAGUGGAGUUCACGCGCCGCGGAGGGAUGUCGUAGUCUCUCCGCCGAGAGUUUCGGUGAGAAGGUCGACGGAUAUCAGAGGAAGGCUUCCGCCGGAAUAUGUCGGGAAUUCCUCGCCGCCGGGGAAUAGUACCGGUUCGAGAAGAUCAUCGAUUGACGGUGGUGAACCGGUACUACCUGGUUUAGGUGGGAUGACUCGGUUUACUUCGGGGAGAAGACCGGAUUUGUUGGUUGACGUUUGACGUGGCGUGACGUGCGGCGUUUUCUGUGAGUGGUGGGGUCCAGUCCCGGGGAAAAACAAGGAUCGUGAUUGGUUGGUUGGCUUUAUGGGGCCCAGGAGCGUGUGUAUUUUUGAAAAGUCGUUGGUGGUGAGUGGUUUAACGGAGUUAGGAACACGGCACAGAUAGAAAACGCGGACGCUUUUUGGAUUUGAUUUCUAACGUCUCAACCACUUUCACCGUUUUAUUAUAUCUUUUUGGUGCGUUUUUUCUUCUUUAAGACUUAUGAUUUUGAAUUAGUCUUGCUUUUUGUCCUUUUUAUUAUUUUCCUUGUUUUGGGUUGUACAUAGGUAUUGUUAUUUAUUUGUGUAUAUGUGUUUUGUUGCUUAGAAAGGAAUAGUAGAAUGUAAAAGAUACUUGUGAUGAUCACUCAAUAAUAUGUGUUAGACAGCUGAGGCAAUGUUCCAUAUUUGCUGA